AUGAAAGUACAAACAAAAAAUCGUGUAGAGCCUCCAUUAGCGCCAGGAAAACCUUAUUUAUUACCAGGCUUGCCGACUGAUGAACCUGACGUAGUGACAAUCAAAUGGCAAAGGCCAAGAACUGACAAUGGAUCGACAAUCAUUGGAUAUGUCGUAGAGCAUCGGAGAACCGGCUCUCCAAAUUGGACUCGUGCUUGUCCACAGCUCAUUCAAUUCACAGAACUUGCACUGAAUGGCCUUGAACCAGGAUGGCGUUACCAAUUUCGAGUCAUUGCUGAAAAUGCUGUCGGUAAAUCACCACCAAGUGAAGCUUCAGAUCCAUUAACAGUAACACUUCAACGCAAUGCGAUGUCUGCACCCCAAUUUACGAACGAGCUCGAAGAUUUCAAUGGAAUUGAGAAUGAAAAAGUGGAAUUUAAAGUGAAGUUUGCUGGUUCUCCAACACCACAAAUUGCGUGGUUUAAAGAUGGAUUUGAAAUCUUCAGCAGUAGACGAACGAAAAUUUCAACCGAAAAUGAUUCAAGCACUUUAAUAUUCUAUCAAGCAUCGCUAACAGACGAAGGUGAAAUCAAAUGCACAGCUACAAAUCGUGCUGGUUAUUCAUUUACAAAAUCAAAUUUAACUAUCGAAGCUCCACCAAAGAUUCGUUUGCCACGACAAUACGAAGACGGUUUGAUAAUUGAAGCUGACGAAGUGAUUCGAUUAAAAGUUGGAAUUGCAGGUCGUCCAGUGCCGAAUGUUGUCUGGGCACAUAAUGGUGAAGUGAUAACAAAUAAUGAACGAUUCGAAAUCAUAAAUAGUGACAAAAAUUCAUCGCUGAAAAUCGACAACACAAUGCGAACGGAUCGUGGUGAAUACAAUUUAAGAGCGAUCAAUAAAUUGGGUGAAGAUGUUGCAUCGUUUCUUGUGACUGUGACAGCAGCACCAUUGCCACCUGGUAAAGCUGCUGUUAAAAUUCUUCUCGGCAGCACUGUGACAUUAUCAUGGGCACCACCAAUUGAUGACGGCGGUUGCAAGAUUGGCAAUUACAUUGUGGAAUAUUUUCGAGUUGGUUGGAAUGUUUGGUUGAAAGCAGCAACGUGUCGUCAAUUGGCAGUCACGUUGAAUGAUUUAAUUUUUGGAUCUGAAUAUAAGUUUAGAGUGAAAGCUGAGAAUCCUUACGGUGUCAGUGGUCCAAGUGAAGAAUCUGACGUUCUCUUCAUACCAGAUCCAAAACGUGGAAUAAUGCAGCCAAUAAAAGAUGAGAAACUUUUAAAUCUUCAACAUCCACUGCCACCUGUUGCUCCGAAACGAAAAAAUCCAUCACCGUCACCAGCACGAAAGUCGCCGACAAAUAAUUUCAUGGAAACAAAGAAAGUUUCGCCAAUCCCACAAAUAAAACUCAACACAAAAAUAUUCGAUGAUGAAACAAUUGAACGUGAUAUGACUUAUGGAGCCCCAGGUGACUUUUAUAAAUUCCGUGAAGUUCCAUCGACAUCUCUGCAUGAGAAAGCGAAUCUAGAUGAACAAGUUCGUCAAUUGAGAGCUGCAAAGAAUAACGUGAAGUUCAAAAUGGAAAUUGAUGAUACAACAAUCCCUCGCGAUAAGAAGGAAGCGAUUUAUCAGAACUUUCAAGAAGCACACGAUUCAAAUAACAAUCAUCAAACGAAGGCAAACGGUGAAUCUCAAACUACCGGUAAAAGAACAUUCUUGGACUUAUCAAAAGCAGGAAAUCAAAGAAAUGUGGAGAGAAAAGAUGCAUCAAGUGGCGGUAUUCAGAACAGCAGUGAAUUCAUGUUGGUUUUAUAUUCUGGAAAAGAGUCAAAGAAUGGCAACAAAAACGAUUCUUUUGAUUCUGAUGUUGAAGAUUACUUUUCACCGCCACCACCACUGUCACAAUCAGUUCCUGAGCUCAAUAUGAUGAUUCCUGAACCACCUAUGAUACGACACGCUGUUAGUUCCACGGAACUUCUUUAUGAACGUGCAAUGGCUCGAUUUUAUAAAGCUGUUGAAUAUGAAGCAGCUGAUACUGCGAGAAAACGAAGUUUCAGCAUGGAACACGAGACGAGACAAAGAAGUUUUAGUAUCGAUCAAGAAAGAAGACGAUCAAGUGGGCAAGGAGAUGCAGUUCAAGAAGCGGCUUUAGCACGAUUUCGAAUGAAUUCUUUAACAGAAACUGUUUUGCGUCGAAGAUUAUCAGGUGAAUCUCCGAACUUACAUAUUAAUAUACCAGCAAGACGAUUGAGUUUCAAAGAUGAAGAUUCUGAUGAACGAACGCAGUUAAAUACUUUAAGAAAUGAAUUGAAUACACCGGAAAUGCUUGACAGAUCGCCAUCUCCAUUCGCUCCACCGAUAGCAGAAGUUGAACGAUUCAGUGACGAUUACACUGACAGCACAGAAUCUUCAGGAGAUGAUGAUGACGAUGAUGUUCCUACUCGACGUUCUCGUAAUCGAUCAAAAGAAAUGGAAACUUAUCAUCCACGAAUGUUGUCGCCUUAUAGACAGCCAGAGAAUGGUGAAGCAGCAGCAAUUCUUACAAAACCUUUGACGCCACUUCCUGAUCCUAAUUUCGUUCCUAAACCGAUUUUAAAACGCCCAGCAAGUGCUGAUGGUCGUCGACCAACCUCGGGAAUGCCAGAACGUAAAACAAUUGCUGAACUUUUAGGACGUCGUUCUGCUUCACCAUCACCAAGAACUUCACCAAAUAACAAAAGAAAAAGUGUGGAAAUUGAUGAAGUACCGAAAAUCUUUCAACCGACAAAUUAUGAAAUGUUUGAAGUUCCUUCGAAAGAGAAAGAGUUGCAAGAUGUUCCUGAAAUUAAAGUCGAAUCACCAAAGACGCAAAGAGAAGAGAGGAAUCUUGUCAUUGAACCUUCUCCUGAACCUGAAGAAGAAUUUUAUCGACCAAAUAACGAACGAAAUGAUCAAGCAAAGAAACAACUCAUGGAACGUCGCCAAACUUCACUUGAAGAGAAUAAAGUUAUGGCAAAUUUCUAUGGUGACAUCAUCAAAGAUCUUUCGGCAAGACCAGCAAAGCCGAAAGUUCCAAUUUACAUGGAUCCUGAAGCAUUAAAAAAGUUGGAAGUUGAAGAUGAAGAUGAGAAUGCAAAUGAUUCUGGAAUUACUUCUUCCGUUGAUCUUUCACCACAAUCAACUCUGCAAAGGCCCUUCUCACCUUCAGUGCCAUCAAAUCCCAUUGCAUCAUCGACAUUGUUGCAACAAAACCGUGAAACUUCAUCAAGAAUUAAUGCUUUAAAACCUCGAACGUUUUCACCUCCACCAAACAACGCAAAAGAUUUUGUGUUCGGUCGAAGACUCUCAGAUUCAAAUAAGACGAAAAAUCUUACAGACAUAAACAUGAACGUUAAUUCUCUGUCACAAAUUAUGUCAACAAAUGACAGAAUAAAUCUUAUUGAAUCUCCUUCCCCGCAGAAGACUUUGACACUCAAUGGAACAGUUGUUCAAAGAAAAGACGGAAUAACAAGCAGCACAAGUUCAAUUGAAUCUCGUGGACGGGGGAAUGUUGUGAAAUCGAAAACUGGAACGAUUCCUAAAAGAAGAAAUCAAUCAUCAAGUCGAUCACGUGAUCGAAGUGACAUGCCGGCAUUAGCGAGGAAUCCAAACGAUUCAAUAAAUCCCACGAGACGAGAGAAAUCUUCAUCGAGAACGAGAAAUCGAAGUGAAUCAAAAUCUCCUUCAUUUAAUCGAAAAAUAAUUAUCAAUCGAUUCGCGACACCAAAAGUUGUAGCACGAGAUGUCACACCAUCGCCGUCAUUAUCAUCACGUGCAGUGACUCCAAGUGAACUUCAAGAACAAGUUCAACUUAAAGUUAAGUCUACAAUGACAUAUGCUACUGAUGUAUCAAUCCUCUUAUUCGCAACUUAUAUUUACUUCUUUAAAAGUGCAAUUUUCGCGCUUCCACUUUUGAUUUUAUUAAUUUAUAGACAAAUUUAUGAUAAGAUUCCCGAUUGGAUGAAACGCAAGAAAAGUUAGCAAAGUUUUUCAUUUUAAAGUACUUUCUUGAACGCUGAUUUUAAUGUUUAAUUGUCUGAAUAAUGUCAAAGAUGAAUCUUAUAAUUUAUUAACUGACUAAGAUGUUCCCUUCACGACGGGAAUGACAUAAUUUAUGUAGAUUAUUAAUGAAUCAUUUUCAAAUGAAAAGUUGAUUAUUCGGCACUAAAUUUAAAGCAUCAACAUACAAAUAUGUACAUCAAAAUUUAUGUUUAGUUAAUUAUUCCUUUUCUUUUGUGCUAUAAAGUUUGUAUAAUUAUAAUUUUGUCUCUAUAAAUGUAUGAAAAUAAAGUAAAAAUGUUUUUUCGCGA